AUGAGUAAUAUACCUGAUAUAACGUCAUUGUCGGACCUCCUCAAUACUUCACCAAGUCAACCUUUGGUAGAAAAUCAACAAGAUAGAAAUCCCAACCUCUUACUCGACCAAGCUGAGAAAAGUCAAAAUCAGAUCUACGAGUAUACUCGAAAUAUUCAACAACAGAAGAAUGAAGAUAAUGAAGAUAUAAAUACUGAUACAGAAGAAAAUCGAUUAAAGGUAUCCAGGUCUGGACUGCCGGAUGAUAAAAUAGAAGAAUUAGAAAAAUUGUUAAAUCAACAGAGCAUAAAGCUAGACUUGUCCAACGAGAGGAACGAUUUGAUUAAAAAGCGAACAUCCCUCAAGAACUCUGUCGAAGAAUUAAGGGUCAAGGUUAAAUACUUACAGAAUACGAACGAAAAGCAAAGACAGAAAGACCGGCUUGGUAAACUUUUAGAACAAAGUGAUAAAGCGUUUAUUGAGAGUCAGAAACCUAAAACGGUGGAAGCACCUGUCGAUCAAGAUGAUAAUGAAUACCUAUUAAACAAUUUACAUGUAUUGCCAUCUAAUGAUUGGAUAAAAAGGCUCAAUAUGGCGAAAAAGUUCUAUCCAUAUUUAGAGAUCAGUGAAGCCCAGAAUAAGACAUUGUAUAAUGAUAAGAAGAGUGCAUUUGUCAGAAGUAUUAGCUUCACAGUGACAUCACCAUAUAUAUUUCGCAUACCCAUAGAGGUAAGCAUAAAUCCAUCUGAUGAAUCCAUCUUGUCCAUAUCCAUACCUAAUGAUGAUAACAAAGAAGGUGUCAUAACAAAUUUUUCAUUGCUUUCACCGUCCUUUACUAGAGUCAUGAUACAAAACUAUAUGCUGAAUGGAAAAGUCGAUUUAGUAAUGUACAGCUUGAAUUCUUUAUCCAUAACCAUUCGCAAGAGGAUUUCAACCCUCUACAAGCUACUAAGGAACUUUCGUCAAUACAUCAAAUCUGAUAGUUACAUUGGAGAUCUAAUCCAAGAACAAGCGAUUGAAGACGAUUCUAUAGUAUUCUCUAUACUUAAAUCUGUGGACAAUCUCGAAUUUACUAUUCCAGUGAAUAACAAUUCAAAAGAUAAUUUCAUUAUUAAACUUCAAUGGGAAAUAGUAAUAGCGAAUUCUAUCAAUGCUGACUGUGCAUCUGAUACAAGGGUAUUUAUUACAAAAGAAAAGGAUAUUCAUGCAGCAGAUGAAAAAGUAGUGAAAUCAUCUUUUGCCAUACGAGAUGCUAAUUCUCUAUUCGUAAGACUAUCGAAAGAGUAUGGAAUCUUUAAUGCUGUGUGUAUAUUGCUCAAUAAUAUUUUUCAUAUAAGCUCUGGCUGA